CGGAUCCUGGAAUCGAACUCGGGUCCACUAUUUCAGAUUGGAAGAUGAGUUUGGUAACCAUUGUACCACUUAGGAAAACUUGCCCGAAAACGAAUGAUCAGAAAAACAAAGCAUUCCAGCCUUAUCUCAAAUUAGUUAACAAAUAUGCGAAUUAGCUAACAACUAUGUGACACAUGUUCACGUAACCUGACAAACUUCUCGCCAACUGACAAACUUCUUGCAAACUGACAAACUUCUCGUGAACAGACAAACUCCGCGGAUGCCGACAGAGUGUGGCUAGUUACCCACACUAAAAUCUAUGUAUUACGGUACUCAUAUCUGGAGCCCUUUUCAAAAUUACCCAAGAGCACACGCUUGACUUAAUUUUACGUGUGUGUAUGAGCACACGCAACAUCAAGUCGCUUUCAAAACAUGAUCGAAGUGAAGUACACGCGAGAUUAGCCCGGCUUCUGUAAUCUAUUCCAUUAUUCGGCUAAUGUCACUCUGGAUAUGUCUGAUCAUGGUCUUUUACGUGGCUCGUUAACAUAAAAUUAAAUGUAUUUUUGUUUCGUGCACAAUUCAAGCACACGCAUACCAGGUCACAAUAAAAUGAGGAGGUCAAACAUUAUAUUUAGGAUUUCAUUGCACACGGCUGUUUCACAUAGAUGGGAUGAGAGCUACUUGUAGACUCAUCGGAGACUUUUUUUAGAUCCAGCUUUAUACUCAGUUUAGUCAAGUGAUAUAUAAAGAAAUAAAAAAUCGGGUGCAAAUAUAAAACGUGGUAAAAACCUUGUCAAGAGUGGGAGACGGUAAGCAUUUGCAUUUUCGCAAAUUCGUCAUCUGACUGUAAACUGGCACAAUUCAAUAUCAACAUCUUUCACUCUCCAGUUGCAGCUCUAUAUGAAUGAAAGGCAGCAAGAGCUCGAGACGAUGAUAGUCUCUGAAGGCAGAAAUACCAUCAUAUCUAGGAAACUUAACUACUUAUUAUUAAUUAAACUUAGGAUGUAAACAGCAAUUGAAAUAUUCAUAACCCAGUAGGAGCACCUGGGAGGGGCUCGAAGGGAUGUACAAACAUUUAAGUACUAAUAGUUUUGAUCAGGUGUCUGAAAAGAGAAAACAAACCCACAAAUAAUUACUUUCGUCACUUAAAAUCAAUGUUUCUGUUGCCAUUCAUGUUAAAUUAGCUGAAAAAUUGUGGAAAAAUCCACCUGGGGAGGUCUCCCCCACGAUCCCGACCCCUCUAAACUCGUACUUCACGUGAUUACCAACAACCAUGACAGUUAGAUGAAUUGAAAUUUUCAAUUACUCCCUGUCGUCGAAGCUACGCGAUCUAUUCACUUCUUCUCUUGUUUCUCCGAGUAUAGAGUCUGUAGACGGUCUUUGGUUUACCUUAAAGUGACACGUGGACUUUAUUGGCAUUCCUUUUGAUCUUUAUGGUGCAGACUGGAUGGGCCGCCCAGUGUGACAAGUAUGUAGGGCCAGCAGGCCCUACCGAGUGCAUUUUAUUACCGCGAUACAAUAACCAAUAUCAGUGGGCAACCUGCCUGUCAAAUGUCUACAUCAAACUAAAAAGUAGCCACAAACACUAUUGCCUCGACCCCUUUGCAACUUAUUGCUGGUACCAAUGUAUGGUUGAGGUACAUAGCAAAAAUUAUGGCCCAGUGACAGAAGAUUGCUCUUGUGAACCUGGUAGUCCAACGUCUAAUCCCUACACGGCCAUUCCCACCACACCCCUACCCCCGGAGUGCUACAGCCCACCUGGAGAUUCCUGUGAUUGGUAUCGAAACUGCUUGGAAAAGAAGCACCCUUGCGAAGCUUCAAGCAAUGCUUACGCAAUAACUUACGCUGAGAAGUUUUGCAAGUUGUUUGAUGAACGAAGGGCCAAGUUCAGUGCAGACGCACAGAAAUGGAUGGAUGGUGUUCGCAAAUGUCUCCAGGUUUCUCUUGUACCCUUGAUGCGCCCUUGGGAUGAUUCAACAUGCGAAGAAAUACGAGCAAAAGCAUUUGCUUCUCACACUCCAUGUUACCUGGAACCGGACAAGGACGUGCCUUCAAUUUGUGAUCUCGAUUACCUUCAAUACGUCAAGAUAUUCUGGACCAUUAAGGGCUCUUUCAUCGACCUAGAUACAGCAUGGGAAUCCUUGAAAGGAAUGUGGAACAUAGCAGCUGAAUGCAAAUCGUCUAAGAUCAGGCAGACUUUCGAAUCAGCCAGAGAAACAUAUAACGAUGUGAUCAAAUUUUUCAAGAUACAAAUCCAAAGAUUCAAGCAAAAAAAACGGCGUUCUUCUGAUUCCAUUCCAGACGCUGAUCUGCAAAGUCGGUUCGCGGAUGGAGUCGGUUCAGUCAUUGCAAAUACCUUGAAGUGGAACAUGGACGUGAUGGACUGGCUUGCCUACACUGAUGCUGCGAUUGAUCUUGAUAAUCUGGACAUCUACAUAGUCUUAGCCGACAAAAAGGCCCUGGGUAUAGUUACCACGUCUGCUCCAUCUGUUGACUUCAACCAGACCGUUCAAGAGUUUGCCUCAGCUGUGAAAAAUGGAACUCUUCCCUUGCAGGUGGAUGGCUACAAAGUUUUGGUAAAGUCUUUGGCUUCGUGCUCAGAUAAAUCAUGCAACAGCACCCAGACACUGGCAGUUUCAGAUAAGCCUCCAUUGAGUGGUGCAGCCUGGAUCUCUCACGGUAACGUUGGCCUGUGUGGAGCCAUUGCCUUGUUGAUCAUGUUCAUGAACACGCUCUUAUUGUAACAAGGAGUCAUGAUGUUUUAAACAAACUACUGAUUUAUACUGUGAGUGUGAGAAGUAUGUUAGCCAAGCCCGGGCGAACAUAAGUAAUAUGUAACAUUAAUCUUCCGUUUUCAUUUAAUUCGUUAUGUUAAAAGUAUCGCACGUUGCUAGUCGUACGUUAAAAACAAUAACCAAAAUAAUAUGCCAAGUUUACUUAUUUGCGUUCUUUUUACUAACUUAAACCAGUGUUCAAACAGUUGAAAGAAAAACCAAGACAUAAUUGUAAUCGUCUUCUAAUUUGUAUUCAGUGUGUUUUAAACUUAUGAAAAACACUGGUGGAAAUUCAAGAGAAUUUCGAUCAGCAAAAUAUACUUAUUCCCACGUAUAUUGCGUUCCGUAGAUGAAGAAAUAAUGUUGUUAGUUAAAAUAUAAGCUAGCGGCUGCAAGGUAUGUUUGAAUUAUGUAGUGAUUGAGUGAUUCUAGACUUGGAUCAGCGUGAUAUUCUCUGCCGUGCUUAAAAAACCUCCCUAGUAACACUUAUUAUAAAACAUGUCUCCAAAAUUGCUAAAAAUUUACUGAUCUAUAUUGCUCUUCUAGCUAAUUGCAAGCUCACACAACUUAAUAGGUCAGGAGCACGGACGUUCAGCCACAUCAAUUUCAAUCGGCUUAUGCGUGCCAGAGAAUCAGGCCGAAAAUUUCAGACACGAUUACAUAUAUCUCAUCUUCAGCUGAAGGAAACCUUUAUCUGCAUUAUGAUAUUGCAGCCUUGAACGAAUUUCUGAGUAAAAUCUUGAAACAAAACUGCUCUUGAACUUUUCGUUCUGUAAUACUGAACCAGGCGUGCCAUAUAAACAAAACAGCCCUUAAAUUGCUUGACAGGUUCUUGGUAACGCUUCACUGCCUCUUCCUGUUUUGACUGCUCAGAAACAAAAGACUGACUCGUUUAAUUAAUAGACCUACCAAAUUAAUAGAUAUUCUUAGUAGACUUACAGGGCCGUUCUGAAAACCACUUCAUGUGAGAUUGCCCCCCUGUAUAAGUAUUAUUAUCAUUAUCAUUGUCAUUACAGUUAUCAAGUACCGGUAACGGCACAUGCGACUGAUUUGGUUAAAGUUUUGUCGAGCGUCACUGCUGGGCUUACUAAAUUUAAUUUAUAAUAACAGAAUUUCUUCAUUUAGAGUGAUGCCAUCAGAAUAAAACAUUGUUUUCAAUACUUCA